CUCUUUAAAGACCGGUACGUCGUCAUGGAUCGGACGAUUGGUAAUGGCGGUCAUGCCGUGGUCUUCCUGGCUACCGAGCUCGAGACCGGGAAACAUGUCGUCUGUAAGGUCCACGACAUCGGCAGGCACUCACGAACAUCGAAAGAAGUGGAGAGGAUUCGCCAAGAGGCGAGCUUGCUGAGCACCCUCGAUCAUCCAAACAUUCUCUCCAUCAGAGCCGCGUUUGAGACGGAGCAGACAAUAUACGUCAUCACUGAACUAGCAACUGGAGGCGACAUAUUCUCCCUUCUUCUACGGUAUCAAACGCUGGGAGAGUGGGUGAUCCGAUCGAUUAUUCGUCAGGUUCUCAGAGGGGUUGCCUACAUUCACAGUAAAGGCGUCGCCCACCGCGAUAUCAAGCCGGAGAAUAUUCUUUGCGGCGUAACUCCUCAGGUCCCUUAUCGCAUCAUGCUUUCAGACUUCGGAGACUCGGGAAUCUGCGGCUUUGGGAGGCUGAAAUCUGCUGUCGGAACACGGUUCUAUCGGCCGCCGUGAGUAUCCUCAGCCGC